AUGACUGACAUUUUUGUCGACGCCCGGAAGGGCUCCCUGACUUCCACCAAACUAGACGCCUAUCUAGCCAAACCGGUGGAUAUCAACGCCCAGGACCCCAAGACUGGCUUCACGGCUCUCGGAAUGGCAGCUAAGUAUGGACGUCUCUCAGCCGUCACCCUCCUUCUCGACAAGAAUGCCUCUCCCAGAGCCAUGAGCAAGCCAGGCAUGACUCCACUAUACAUCGCUGCCAACGGUAACGGUGAUAGAGUCAACAUCGUGAGAAAGCUUCUUGAAAAGGGUGCUCAGGUCGAUGAGACCAGCCCAGAAGUCGAUAAUGAUACGCCGCUCAUGGUGGCCAUUACUCACGCUAGAGACCCUGUUGUUGUGAACAUGCUCAUCGACGCUGGGGCUUCACUCCAGGUGACCAACACUAAAGGCGAGACGGCAAAAGUACUCGCUGAGCAGUCAGGUAAUCCUGCUAUUCAGCGUGCUGUUUCCCCACCUGGGCAGCAGAUGGCAGGUCUUCCUGAACUGAUCAAUGCUUUGGUGAACUUUGUGUUGUUCAUCUUGGCGUAUGUGAACAGUGGAGUCAUCAACGGUGUCGUCAAGGGCGUGGUAUCCAACUUGUAUCAUAUUGGACAAGCUCCGCCAGACCAGACUUUGGCUCAGGACUUGGAUAAUCCUACUACCGUAGAUGAUUUCCAGAGGGGGGUCGAGAAGUAUGUCGAGGAUAGUGAUCUUGGACAGUUCUUUGCUCCCGGCAAUGAUUACCUACAAAAGGUUGCAGAAAAAGCAGUCGAGUUGAAGGACGAUAGAAGCAAUCACCUCAACGACCCAGAGCAGGUGAAAGGACUAGUCAAGCUUGCCUUGUACCAGCCAAUCUUCUACUGCGAUGACAGUGGCUCAAUGCAAGCCAACAUACUCGACGCCAACGGUAACGUCGUCAGCACAAGAAUGGAAGCCAUGAGAAUUCUAGUCCAGCGCAUGGCCCGUAUCGCAACACGUCUUGUGCCCGAUAACUCAGGUGCUCAUCUGCGCUUCAUCAACAGCGAUGAUCAGGGCAAUGACCUCACUGCUGAUCAGAUCGAUGCUCGUAUACAGUUUCAACCAGGCGGCGGUACCAACAUCGGCACAAACUUGAAGAAAAAGGCCUUGGAGCCGCUGGUCUUUAAGAAGCUCGAUCAGGAUGGCAAGUUGGACAGACCGUUCCUUGUUCUCACUAUCACGGAUGGUGAGCCUAGCCCCGAGCCUGUUGAUACGUUCAAGAAGACGAUUGAGGAGUGUGGACGACGGCUGGAACAGAAGGAUUAUCCCCAGGAAUCAACCAUGUUUCUCAUCAGCCAAGUUGGCAAUGACCCACAUGCUGAUCAGUUCCUCGACUCACUCUCUGGUGACACUGCAAUUGACCGUGUUCUAUUCCGUAGUUCUGAGCGCCUGCACGAGAAGUAUGCGGAGCUUCGUGAUAAUGAGGCAGACCUCGAAGAAUGGCUUUUCAAUAUUCUGAUGCAGCCUAUUACUGGAUGA